GAAUGAUAAAAGUACAUUUUUUUAUUCGCCUUCUCGGAAAAAUAUAUACAAUGGUGCAAAAGGUCAUACACAUCAUUUUACUUGCCUGUUACUUAGACAUUAUAUGGUCUGCACCACAGGAACAGCCUUCGUUAGAUAAUGAAUUAAAUUUAAAUCAAAAUGUAUCUUCCGAAAACAAUAUAGUAGCUACCGAUGGAUCGGGCGUGUUUAACGUCGGAAAUUUCGUUUAUAAUAAUAUUACAAACACGAACAAACAAGGACUACUAACAGGAAUUGUGAAUUCUCUUCCUUUGCCGAACCUACUUAAAUGAUGUUCAUCAUACUCCUCGUGUACCUGUUAGACAUUUUGUAUUCAAAACCUCAAGAAUCUAAUGUAAUACAUAGCCAAUCGAUUACUACUAUUGUUAGAACUACAGCUAACGGUACAAUUAUUACCGAAGUUAUCAACGGACCUGUUUCGAGUGUAUCUCCCAAUUUUAGAGUAAAUUCUUCUAAUAAAGUUUACAGAUCAUUCUUUUUCAGGCAACCUCGAUAGCAACAUGAUUUCGAAAUACAAUUUUAUUUAUUUAAUUUUGAAAUAAAAUUAAAUACACUUUU